AUGUAUGUCAAUCCCCUGCUCUUCAUCUUAAAUAGCAUUGCAGGUGUCUCCGCAGAGAUGUUUGCAGACGACCUAACCACUGUGCUUUAUUCCGAAAACAGGAACCAAGCAAUCCUUCUAGCAAACAAAGCACUAGAGAUUAUCCAUUCAUGGAGUAAUGAGAAUAGCUUAUCAGUCAAUGCCAGUAAAUGUGAAUCCGUCCUCUUUACGCUCUCGUCCCAUACUCAAGAAGACCCUGAAUCAAGCAUCGCCCUCAAGAUUAACGACCAAGAAAUCCCGAUACACACCAUAGGAUCGUCCGAUAUGCCCAAGCUCCUUGGAAUCAGGCUCGACCCACGCGACAACUUCAACAACAACCUGAUUUCCAACAUUGCCUCGACUUACACGCGUCUACACCAACUUAGAGCAGUAGCCCAGAAGAAGCAUGGUCCCAUGCCCCGAGACAUGCGACAGUUUGUCUUAGGGUAUGGAGUCUCCAAGCCCUCUUAUGGGAUUGAACUCACAUGA